GUCACGCAGUGAGUUAGUAAUAGUAGUACUCACUGUAACUCACUGACUCAGUACCGUGAUUCAGUGACAGUCACAGUCAGUGUCACCACUCGGUGUGUCUGACAGUAAAGAGUAGAUUAUUUAGAUCUAGGACCUAUCUAGUACUACUAUAUUUAACUAUAGACUAUAUAUAGUGACUACAAUCUAGUUACUAGUAUUUUAAUAUAUAAUAUAGGGCAUACUCAUAGGUCAUGAAUAGACAAUACCAAUCUCGACGUAGUCAACAAAGCUCAUCCAGAUGUUCUCUGCAAGGUACAAGCAGAGACAGCUCUUGUCCAAGCAAAAGGAAAAUUAAAAAGAGAAACAAUAAUAAAUAUACUUCUAAUAAUGGUAAUAGAGCAGACCAUCAGAACAAUAUUGAAGAGAAUCACUUUGACACAUCCUCUCUUGAUGAGACAGGUCAAGUGGAAUCAGACAUUCCUGGUUACUACUACGACAAGGAGAAAAAAACCUACUUCAAAAUUCUCCCAAAUACAAUGAGCUGUGUGUCAUCCUUUGUUACAAAGGAAACAAUCAGAAAACAAGAAGUAGAGAAACAGCGUCUAUUAGAUCUGAAGAAAGUUGAAGCAGGCUCACUGCCUAAAACACAGCAACAGAAGAAAAAUGAAGCUUUGAACCUCCUGAGUGUUUUGAAAAGUGUGCAGUGUGGCCUGUUCACUUGUGAGAACCUCAUGACCUACACAGCUAGACAGAUGUGUUGUGUACUAAAGCAGGAUGAGGAAUGGCCUAUAUCUUGCCCUACUCAGCUACAUUUAACAUUAGAUGAAAUACAGAAGAUGGAAGUAACAACCAGCAGAGAUAAAUUGAUCUGUGUGUCAUCUGUCAAGUCUUGUCUAGGUCAGUGCAUACAACUUUUGGCUGUGGGAGAGGGGAGAUCACUCACAAGAAAGGAUAAGAAACUCACUUACAUAACUAUCAAGCCCCCGGACAUAGUGCUUGGGCCUGUGUACAAAAAAAUCAGCAGCCUGUGUUUGGCCCCCACACAGAGUUUGAGUGGAAUGACCACAGUGAUGUAUACCACAGUCUGCCCUAUAGGCUACAUGCCCAGUAUGAUCUACAUGUGUAAUCUUGAUUCCCCUACAACAGAUACAAUGACUAUAUUUGAAUUAAACCUUGGGUUCAAGACUGUUUGGUCAGCUGCUUGGGACAGCCAGAGGUCAAGGUUCAGUGUUGGCUCAGAACAAAAGUGUCAUUUGAUAGAUGCUGCCACACGAAGAAGGUGGACCUACAACACAUGUAACAGUGACCCAUUGUCUCAGACAUUUUCUCCUAAUUCUUGCAAUAUACUUUAUAAUGGCACUAGAUCUGGGUUAAUUCUGGUUCAUGAUGCCAGAUGUCAAGGUCAGAUCAAAGCACAGAUGAAACAACAUCAUGGUGUUGGCUGCCUCAAACUACUUCAGAAUGACAAUCAUAUUUUGGCCAGUGACUUUUCUGGCACAAUCUGUCUGUGGGACCUGAGAAAACAGAAAGUAUUGAUGAAGUACAAAGGAUUAGUCAAUUCUCAUUACCAGCUGCCAUUCCAUGUGGAUGAAACAGAGACCUUGCUGUGUAGCUCUGGUUCUGACAGUUAUACAAAGCUCUGGGACAUUAAGAGUGGAGAGUUAUUGAAAAGUUUUCCACCUCCUUACCCUGCAUCCAUUGACAGCUUUCCUGUCAGCAUUUAUUCACAACAUUGGGGAAAAGUACCUGGCAAUGCUGGCCUGAUUGUGGCUUUAAAAAACAAAUUUGUGACCUACACCUAGUAUAGUAGAGUCACUAUUGCGGAGCAGGCAUGUUUGCCAAACAGCUCGUCGAAAUUAGUUAAAAUCUACUUUAUUUUAAAAUUUUCUGCUAAACUACUGUAACGGUAAAAUGCGCACGGUCCAUUUCUCUACAUUUUCAAUAUAAGGGUUUUCCUUUCACAGAAGAAAAUUAAUUUUGACUCCAGGUUAAAGUUGACAGGUGUGGAAUCGUCCAUUAUUUUUCACGUACCAGGAGAACAGCAUAGGUCAAGGCUUAAGGCUUUUUAAAAAUGAUGACACAUCACCUGCAUGAUACACCUCUUUUUCGGUUUAUAUAUGGAUGUGGAAAAACUUCAUUUCAUAGCUAUCUACCCGGAAUUCAAUUUUUAAAAAAUUAGGAGGUGUUUAUCCAGUUUUUACCUUUUUAAAGAUAGUCACAAUUGUGGAACACUAUAAAUGUUAUUUAUUUGACCUGCGCAUUUACUAUCAUUUAGCUUAAUAUUUACAUAGUGAUUUAGAUCGGAAUAUGAUUUUGUUAUAGUAUACAUAAAUUUAAAAACAUUUAGAGAAUAAUAUUACAUAUAAUAUAUAAUUUAUGAUUACCAUACGUCUAGCAAAAAGAAGACAAAUCAUAAUACCAUAUAUAUAUAUAUAUAUAUAUAAUAUUAAUAUAACAAAAAAGAAUAGUGGAAAAAAAAACUUGUAAGGAAAAUCAGGGUAGUGUGACGUCAAUUACUAUUAAAAAAGAUGCAAAGAAUCUAAAAGUGACAAUGUGUUGUCUUAAGCUUUAAUAAAAUAAAAUUAAUGUAAAGGAUAAGGAGUUCAAGUAUUAGACUUAUAAAUAUAUGCUUUAUAUAGGCUGUGUUCCGCAAUUGUGACUUCUUAAAAAAUCCUGUUCCGUAAUUGUGACUGACCAUAUCUCAGUCGAUUUGAACGUAAAAUUUAAAUAUCUGUUGAAAAACUAAACAAUGCGUCUAUUUUUAUCGGAAAAUGGAUGGGCAAUGCCUAGAUACUUUUAGUUUUUUCAUUACGGAGCAAAAAAUUGAAAACUAAAAGUAGCUGCUAACUGUUCCACAAUAGUGACUCUACUCUAGUGCUCUUAAUGUUUUGUGGCAUACACCUAGAGAAUUGUUUAGGAUGAUUGCCAAGGGGGACAGCCAGCAGCAUAAGGAUGUGUCAUUUAGAGUAGAUUUUGUGGCUUGUCAGGUGUGAUUUCAUUUUGUGAAUCUUUUAGACAUUCAUGUGCACCAAACUCCAUUAAAUAUUCUUACUGAAAA